AAAAACAAGUAAACAAAGUCAAACAAUUGCUGUGCAUACUGCGCUCAGAAGAGGAAAUGAAACGACGUCUACAGCAGAGGAGCCGCAACACUUCUACAGAGAAGCCGAUCUCCUUGCAAUAAAUCUGUGAAGAAUGCUGUGAUGGUCAUCAUCUGUCAGAUCUGAAUACACCGGACAAGAAAAAUGGAAGGUGAUAAUGAGGGCACAUGGAACAGAUUGUCGAAGUUGGCGUCAGGAGUGUGGGGUAUUGUGCCUCGAUUAUUUUCACAGGAACCUUCAAGCUCAGAGCCAGGAACUUCCCAAGAAACUGGAGAAACCUCAGAUGCUAAGAGAGCCCCUAAACGAAACCUAGACCAACCAGAACAAGCUACUCCAAGCAACAAGAAAAUGAGAAUCAACAAACCUGAGCAAGAACCCUGUACCAACAAGACUAAAAAGACUACUUUUCAUCAGCUUGCAGAAAGAAUGUCAAAGAUUUCGACAUUGACUCUGAGGGAUAUCCUGAGCGUUGGCUUAGAGAAUGUGAAUGACAAACCACCUAAAACUGUAGAGGAUAUUCCCUGGAAUUACUUGAGGAAACUCAUGGCCUUAAAUAGGACUGCAAGAGACAUUCUUCUUGAGAAAGAUCAGUCUACUGGUGUUGAUGUAUGUGAUAAUGAUGAUGAUGACAACCUAAUUAAUGAUUCUUCCAUUCCAGGUGACAAUUUAUCUAGUUCUGUUCACCCCCUGGAUGUCCUGUGUCUCCUCCUGCAUUGCUCAGACAGUUUUCUCCAACAAGAGAUUGUAACCAAAUUGUCCAUGUGUCAGUUUGCCGUCCCUCUGCUGCUCCCUGCUGGUGAUGGGUCACAUUGCACCCUCAUGGUUUGGGCAAUGAGAGACAUAAUGAAGAAGUGGAGACCUCAGUCAUUAGUAGACAGUAAAGGCUUUAGAGAAGAAAAUGUAGUGAAUACUUCCAUGCCAAUCUUGUCUUAUGUCAGAUUGGGAAAAAACAAAUUAUCCAAAUCUAAAAUCCUGAACCAAAUUCUUAACCCAGCUCAGCUACAUAAUAACUUCUUCAUACAUGACAAUAUGGAGGGAGGAAACAUUAAGAGGGAAAUAUCUGAUGGACUGAUAGAAGUUUCCUGGUAUUUUCCCUCUGGUAAGUCUGAUGUUUUCCCAGAACCCAUCACAGUGACCAACCUACGAGGAGAUCUGGAGACCAACCGUGACCAGUUCACGUUUUUGACUAGAAUUUCAUCAGCUGUGUUUAUAUUCAUUGAGGAUAUUUCUGAGAGGGAAUUCAAACUUUUAUCAUCCUUCCCUACCACUGACACCCAAUAUUACUUCAUUGUUACUCCCGGUCCUGGAAAAAAUGUGAGUCCACAGACACUGAAGACCCUUCAAGAAUUAAUGCCAGUGCUAAAGUUCAAGAAAACAAAUGUGAUAAUACAUGCGGGCAUCGCAAAUGAGGCAGCAUUUGUAAAAAAACUACAAAGCAAUAUGAUUAAUUUAUUUAACAGUAAGCCAAAAGAAAAGAAAAUGAGAGACUUUGAGAAAGAAACUCAUGGAUUGGAAAUCAAAGUGGAUGAGAGAGUUCCUGAAUGUCAGAAGGCCAGGGAAAAUGCCAGGAAAAUUACAGAAGAAAUCAGGAAUGUAUCUGAGUACAAAAAGAACACUAUGAAGUUACAGGGAGAUCUCUGGAGACAGUUAUCUAAAGUGGAAAAAGAAUUUUGUAGAAUGACAAAGCAAGGUGGUAAAGACACACAACAAUAUCAAGAUGACCUGAUAAAGAAACGUAUUUCACUACAUGAGGAACAAUAUAACCAUGAUCUGCCCAUUGGUUUAUUUAUUUUUAUUGAUGCAAUCAAUAAUUUGUCUAAGACUGAGAAACAAUAUUUUCUGAAAUGGAUGAAAUUUGAACUUGAUUCAGUUGCUAGAAAUCAUCUUUCUAUUCUACAAGCUGAAUACAAAGAAAAAUGUAACAAUACCUUAAUUAAUAAUCAAGAGCUCAAACAGAUAGACCAGAAAAUCUCUGACAGUUCUUUAGGAAUUGAACAUUUCCUACGUGAGAUGGGACAGUUUUAUGAAGCUGAACGCUCCAUGGUUAAAGAAAACAAAAUAGCUAAAACAAAAAGACAAUUUAAUAGACUGCCGGGAGUUGCUGCUGAUCUCUUGUUGGAUGGUUUCCCAUUGGAGCUGAUAGAUGGAGAUGCCUCCAACAUUCCCCUACAGUGGAUAACUGAUGUUCUAAAUGAGCUGGACACCAAAACGGGCAGAAAAUGCAGAAUGAGAGUAAUCACUGUGCUGGGAGUGCAGAGUACGGGGAAAUCCACUCUUCUCAACACCAUGUUUGGUCUGCAGUUCCCGGUGGCCAGUGGAAGAUGCACACGAGGAGCCUUCAUGACUCUUCUUAAUGUGAAAGAGAAAUUCCAGGAGGAGCUGGGCUGUGACUUCAUCCUGGUGAUUGACACUGAGGGGCUGAAAGCUCCAGAGUUGGCUUCCUUGGAGGGCAGUUAUGAACAUGACAAUGAACUGGCCACACUAGUGGUUGGGUUGAGUGAUAUCACCAUCAUCAAUAUGGCCAUGGAAAAUACAACAGAAAUGAAGGAUAUUUUACAGAUUGUGGUCCAUGCUUUUCUUAGAAUGAAAGAAGUAGGAAAGAGACCCAACUGCCAGUUUGUACAUCAGAAUGUGAGUGAUGUGUCCGCUCAUGACAAGAACAUGAGAGACAGAAAGAAACUUCUGGAACAGUUGAAUGAAAUGACAAAAGUAGCUGCAGAGAUGGAAAAGAAAAGUGAAGUCAAAACUUUCAGUGAUGUGAUGAACUACAACCUGGAGAAAGACAACUGGUACAUUCCCGGGCUCUGGCUUGGGGUCCCACCAAUGGCUCCAGUAAAUUCUGGGUACAGUGAACAUGUGUCUGAACUGAAAAAGUAUUUAUUAGAAUUAAUGAGAAGCAACGAAUCCCUGAAUAAGCCUUUAACCAUUCCUGAAUUUAUAACAUGGAUAGAAAGUUUAUGGAACGCUGUAAAACAUGAAAAAUUCAUCUUCAGCUUCAGGAACAGUCUGGUGGCAGAAGCUUAUAAUAACCUGUCUAUACAAUACUCACAGUGGGAAUGGGAUUUCCGAAAAGCUCUCCAUGAUUGGCUGAUCCGCACAGAGACAAACAUUAAGAAUCAGAAUGUUGAGAGUCUAGAUGAAAAACUUUGCUCCAAAUUUAGGAAUGAGCUCAACAAUUUGUUGAUUAUUAGAGAAAAUGAAAUCUUGAAAUUGCUGGAAAUCUACUUUGACAAUAAAAAUGAAAAUGUUCAUCUAAUAGAACGAUACAAACAAGAUUUUAUUCUGAGCACAACAUCCCUGAAGGAGGAAUUGAAAAGAAAUUCUUUUAUGAAGUUUAAUGAGGCUGUUUCAAUUCAAAAAGGGAAAUUCAAGAUUCAGAAUAUGCAAACUAAUUCACAGAAAUUGAUUGAAGACAAAAUCACAGAUCUCCUCAAGAGGUGCAGAGAAAAGAAAAAAACUCUGAAUAACGUACAGUUAAAUAAAGAGUUUGAUGAGAUGUGGGAGAAGACACUCAGUGAUCUACAGAUGAAGAAAUUAAAAACACACAUUGUCAGUGGAUCUAUGUUACAUCUGCUGAAGAAUGACAUGAGCAGUAAAGGACCAGCUGUAAAUCAACACUUACUGGGUAUGAAGGACUUGGCAAAUAUCACACAGACUGAUUUCAAAAUAGAUGAGAAAUAUAUUGAGAGUGGAUGGUUCAAGAAAUUGACAAAAAAAGUUUUAGAUAAAUUUGGUUUUGGGUGCAAAAAAGAUUAUUUGGACAAAAUAAAUGUUUUUUCUCAAUCUCUUAUAGAUAACUGUAACAAAUAUAUCAGAGAGAAGGUGGAAACUGGAGAGGACUAUUGUGACAACUAUUGCCUGGAAUUACUUCAUAUGAUUACAACAGAGGUUUCUAAAGAGUCCAAAAAUCUUCAUUUGUCCACAGAGUUUGAACUGGAUAUUAAGCUUCACAUUCUUGGAAAAGCUUCCAGAGAGUUCCAGAAGAUGCAUAAUAAAUUCAUUAAAGAGAAUGACCCAAAACUGUGUUUGGAGAAACUAAAGCCUGGAUAUUUAAAAACAUUUAUCAGCACAUUUCAAGAGAAAGAUAUAAGUCAGACUAAAGCCAAAGAAUUCUGUGAGCGAUGUCUAAAACCAGCAAUGAUGGAUCAUGUAUUCCACCAUCUUGGGCAGAAAAUAGUGGACGGCAUAGUAGCUUCAGACAAGAAAUUAAGCAGUAGAACAUUUUUUCAAAAUUUUUUACUAAGGGAGCUGCUGGAAGAAAUAUCAUUCCAGACAUAUGUAAAGUAUACACUAUCAUAUGAGAAAUAUACCAAAGCCCGGAUAUUAAAAUACACUGAUACAUUUGCAAAGCCCCGAAUCCUAAAACCAUUCCAAGAACUUCUGCUGUUUUCACUGGACAUAAAGAUAAAAGCAGCUCUUAAUGGAGACAACUCUGUUAAAAGUUCAUCAGUCUCAGAUUUUCUGAAAAGUGUAUGUGAGAUACUAAAGGAAGAAUUAGUGAUCCCUCAGAAUGAGAUGCAAGCGGUCACUUUCCAGAACACGGCUGAUGUUGGACAAUUUUCAUCAGACAUUCAGCUCUUCCUCCGAGAUACAGAAACAGAAGUCUUAUCAGAGCUGCAAUCUAUGGAUAUAAAGUCUGUACUCUCCAGGGUGACGGUGAAGCCUGAGGAUGUAUUGUUCAGGAAGGUUGUUGGCUGUGGGAAGCAAUGUCCAUUCUGUGGUGUCCCCUGUGAGGCCGGAGGUGAUGAACAUAAGGAGCACUUUGCUACCAUUCACAGACCUGAAGGACUGGGGAGAUACAGAUGUAGUGAUACUCAAAUCCUAACCACUGAUAUAUGUAGUACGUCUGUUGUAUCUGAUGUCAAAUUUCAAAAUUCAGACACAGAAUGGAAAUCACACCCAUACAAAGAUUAUCGUACCAUUUAUCCAGAUUGGUCCAUACAACCAGAUCCCAGCAUCGAGUCAUCAGAUUACUGGAAAUAUAUUUUUGUGAUGUUUAAUGAGAAGUUUGCAGAAGAAUACAAGGCAAAACCAGCAAAAAUACCAGAUGGCUGGAAAUCCAUUACAAAAGAAAAAGCUCUGCAAAGCUUAAAUAAAAUGUUCAUUAGCUAAACAGAGAAGAAAAAUCAACAACAUGUAAUUCCUCAUCCAACUUAUUAUCUGGAAAUCAUUUACUAAUACAAAAAAUAAUCUUUCCAUUGAUGUUCUCUAAUUGGAAAAAAACAUUUAAAAUAUUUUCCCCACAACCAUUUCCACAGUAAUCAGGGUGUGAACAGAAUGUCUGAGAAUCUUCAGUCCCCCGAUGAUAUAAUGGGCUCAUCACUUCUCUCAGAAGAUUCCAGAACAUCCCAAUACAUAUUAUGCCCCCUACACACGAUCACUUUUUGAAAUAAAAUGACAUUUUUAAAAACGUCAUUUAAAAUGAUGGUGUGUGGGCUUCACA